AAGUUUGGUGAAAGUGCUUGGUGGCUGAGUGGUUUAAUUUCCUGCUUAGAAAGCAGAGAUGUCCCAGUAAACAGUAAAGUGUAAAACAUAAAUAUAGGUGUAAUAAAUGUGCAGAGAUUCAACUUACAUAAACAUUAUCUAACUUUCUAUGAGCACAGCAACAAGAAAGAGUUUUUUAAGUUAGGGAUAACUUAAAUGAACUUAUUCUAAUUCUUCUUUGUUUAGAUAUAAAAAAUGAAAACUAAGAAAUUAAAAAGAGAUGAAAAUAGAAGUGGUGACAGGUUAUCAACAUCGCCACAUAAUUCCAACAGAACAAUUAUACCACCAGUGAACCGGCACUUUUUAAAAGUACACAAACGUAGAAUUGAAAGAGGAAGUUUAUUUGAAACUGUUUAUAAAGCUAGACAUCUCAUUUCUGUGUCAAUUAAUAAUUCAAAGUGUAAAACAAAGUCUCAGAGUAUUGCAUUACCUAGAAAGGCAAUUACGAAAUCACAGAAAGAAAAUAAAGAGUCUCAAAACAGCAAUCCUUUAAAAAAGAAGAAAAAGCCGCAAUCUCACCUAAAGAGGAUCAAUGUUAGUUCUGUUAAGAAAAAACUGCCUGGCUCACUGAGUAAGAGAGAGUAUGCAAAAAAAGUUUGCAAAGCAGUGUUGAGUAACACGAGUGGUAAAAGAAGCCUACGGCUUAAACUGAAAAUGGAAAGAUGUUCGAGGAAGCAAAACUAUGAAACAAGGUGUAAAUCUAAAGUUGAUUUGUUGAAAAACAAUAAAGAUUGUAUGUAUAAUCUGAGAAACCAGAUUCAAGAAUGUGUUCAUUCUAGUCCAUUUAAACAGAACUUAGAGAUUUCCAAUAUAUCACCAGAAGACCAUCAUUGCAUUGAUAAUUCUGAUAGAGAGUUAAUAGUACCACGAACUUGUGAUUUUGGGGUUUUAAAAUGUGAAAAUAAUGAUGCCAGCUGUUCUACUAGCAUCAUAAAAGAAGUUAUCAUUGGCGACAAAGAUGAUAAAAAAUCUAAAACACAAUCUUCACUGAUUCUGUUGCGUAACAAAGGAAAUGUACAAAAUAUAAUACCAAAUUUAUUUUCUACCAGUGUAAAGCAGAAAUCCUAUUUCCAUGUGGAGCCUAAGAAGAGCCAUGAAGAAUCUGACCAUUUGCCAGAAGGUUCACCAGUUUUAUCAUCCAAAAAGAGAUACACACACAUCAAGGAUGGUUAUUUCUUUGAUAAUUCCUUGCAUGGACACUCUGGUGACUUCAACACCAGCCCCCCGAAAGCUAAAUCAUCAGAUGAACAAAAUUAUUUUUACAGUUUGUGCGAUCCAAUGCUUACCUCAGCCGUUGAUGAUUGUGAACAAGAAAAAGAAACAUAUAUCCAGAAAACACAUCUUCAGCAGAAUAUACCAUCUUUCUAUCAGACAGGAAAUAUGACCACCGAUCUAAAUGUUACAAAAACUGAUGUUAGGAAAAACGAGCAGGAAGGAAUAAGACAUUUUGCAGAGGAAGUACAUAGUGGAAACCAAAGGGAAUUUAAAACUGCUCCAAAGUGUACUUCUGAUACUGAGCCUUCCCAUGACAUUUCUCCAAAAGCUCCAAUUGUUAACUUACCUCAAAUGAUGGAAAUUCAGCAGGAAAUUCGAAAUGUCACUGAAGUGCUGACUAAUGAUGAGGAUACAACACCAUAUGAGGACCUUGACUUUUCUCAAGAUAGUAAGCUAGACAGUAAUCAUAUUUCAUUUUCUAAUAUGCUGAAAGAAGCUUUAAAUGAACAAAUUGUAGACCCAGAGAAAAAGGCAGACAUUAAGACGGACAUGAUUAUUCAAACCUAUAUGUGUGAUCAUCCACAAAAUGAUGGACAUCUUAAGAAUGAAAAGCAUAGAGCUAAAAGAAUCACCAUGUACAAACGAAAGAGAACAAAACCCAAUGUAAAUAUAGACAAUUACAAAUUUAUUAUUGAAAAAGGAUGUCGUAAAGUAAUAUCUGUUAAAAGGAAAAAGACUUUCAGUACUGGUGACAUUGUAGUAGGAAAGUUCAAACAUAUGGGCUGGUGGUUUGGAGAAAUUAUUGAACAUACAGAAAAGCCUUUGAAAGGUCACCAUUUUGUGUUUUGGUAUGGUGAUCAUCAUAUACUUCAGAUACCAACAAAAUACCUAGAUGUGUAUACAAACUUUUCAAAAGUCUUUUCGAAACCUAAACUGGCGAAACGUAAAUACGAAGUUGCCACCAUGGAAUUUUUGGAAGAGAUAUACAAAAAGCUUAAUAUAAUCGACAUACACAAGGUUAUUGAGGAUGAAAUUAAUCAUAGUAGAUUUCACAUCCUUCUAGCUUGGGGUUUGGCAUCAUUUCCUGUUGUGGAAAAGAGUUCAUUGAAAAACAACCUAUGUGUAAUGUUUCAGAAUAAUCCAACUGAGAAAAAGGGAAAUUACACCCAUAUGGAAAGUAAUGAUAAAAUUGAAGAGAGAAAAAAAACAGAGACAGACAAUCCUGAGAAAGAAAGAGUAGAUACAAACGAAAUAAGCAAUAUGAAGGUACUUGGUGUUCCAUCUAACUCGGUUCAUCCCACUCGGAAUGUGCAUGAUAAAGAGCUGAGUAAGAAAAAACAGGAAAAGGGGACACCAGAAAUUAAGCAAGACACCCUCAUAAAAACUUCAUCUUUGAUAGGUUCUACCCAAGAGAAAACAAUUGUUCAAACCACUUUCAAAGUUACGAGAGAGGAAAAAGAAAACAUAAGUGGGAAAGCUGAUUUUGGUCAUUCAAGUGAAAUCAAUCAAAAUCUAACCUUAAAACAGAACUUUUUUUCGGAUCCUCCAACAAGAAGAAGCUUUGCAAAAGCCAUAGAUCAUUUUGCAAACAGAAAAAAGCCAGUGCUGGAAUAUACAAUAUUAAACAGAACAGAUGGCACAAAUGUGGUAGAAUGUAAAGAAAACAUUCUUAGUAAUCUAAAUUCUAAUGAAAAAAAUCUGAGCAGUGACAACAGUGUCAACAACCCCAAGGAUCCCAAAGAAAUUACAGUUACCUCUUAUGCAGAUGUUGUUACACCCCGCAUAAUCACUAAUGCAAGUGUUGAUAGAGCAAGUAUGAGUGAUAAAAGUAUAGAACAUGAAGAUUCUUGUUCUGAUGAUUCAGGCAUUAUUGAUAUCUCUUUGAGUAAAAGUGAUUUAUCAUAUGAGUCAUCUAGCUUGUCACAUUCUGGAUCAAAUGCGGAUGUCUCUGAAUUGUAUUCAUCUGUUGAUGAAAGCAUUUCCUCUCCAAAGAGAAAAACAAAAGAUGGAAUAACGUUGGAUUUUGAUUUGUUGUUUACACAUGCUUCUAAACGUCAAUGCUUUAUUAGUGCAGAGAAAAAGUUUACUUCACCAAAACGAAAACAGAGUGAAAGCGAUGGAAAAUUAAAAAGAAAACAGAGGGUCAAAGUGAGUGCACACUCAUCACCAUCAUUAGAUGUGGAAAUUAAGGAACGUAUGAAAGCAUUUGGAAGUUGGACAAAAAGUAUUGUCACAUCGAAAGUGUUGGAACAUUCUUCUGAUGACAGUAGCAAAAGAAAAAUUAGAGUUGGAGAUCUUGUUCUUGGGAAAUUGAAAGGUUUUGAUUGGUGGUUCGGAAAAGUUAUCACUUUUAGAAAAGCAAAAGAAUCGCCACCAUCAGAAGGAUGUUCGUGGGUAUAUUGGUAUGGUGAUCACAAAAAGUCAGAGAUGUUAACAGAUAGAUUAGAAUCACUGUCUUUAUUUCCACUUCGUUUUGCACCAAAAAAGAUGAAGGGUUUAUAUAGAAAAGCUGUGGAAGAAAUGCUAACUGAAGCUGCAUUUCGUUGUUCAAAAGACGAUUUACCUCUUGAUGAUGACAAACGACUACAAUGCUUAGUGGACUGGGCAUUGACUGGUUUUAAACCAAUGGGUGUAAAUGCGCUAUACUCUGUUGUAGAAGACACAGAGGGCAGCCACUCAUUGGAACAAAAAAGCAACAUAGAAUCAAGUAGAGAGUUGGAAAGCGGUGAAGGUGCGCUAUUAAAGGAUCGUGUGGGCCAAAUUCUUCAAUCACCAAUUCUUUCUGAUGGGAUCAAAGCAUUAUUCGAUCGAGUUCACAAGGGAAACUAUGACAUUGAGAAUCUCUGUCUUGGCUGUGGGGAUACAAAAGUCAUAACACAACAUCCAUUGUUUGAAGGUGGAUUAUGCAAAGAAUGCAAAGACAGUUUUAUUGAGCAUGCUUACUUGUAUGAUGAUGAUGGAUCACAAAUGUAUUGUACAAUUUGUAGUGAUGGCGAGCAAGUGAUAUUGUGUGAUAAAGUUGGUUGCUGUCGUUCGUACUGCCCAGUUUGUAUUGAUAUGCUUUGUGGUGCUGGAUACGCUGAAAAGUUAUCUAAAGAAGAUUCGUGGGAAUGUUUUAUGUGCUCUGGAAAGCCUAUGCGCAUCUUAAGACGAAGAGACGAUUGGCAAAAGAAACUUAAGGAUCUGUUUCAGGAUGAGAUGGGCAGUGAAGAUUAUGGCACAAUGACAUUUUAUGAUCCUAUACCAAUUGAAGAAAGGAAAGCCAUUCGUGUGUUGGCAUUGUUUGAUGGUAUUGGAACAGGCUUUCAUGUACUGAAAGAACUAGAUUUUGAUGUGGAACUUUAUAUAGCAUCUGAGAUUGAUGAAAAUGCCAAAACUGUUACCCUGGUUCAUUAUGGUGACAAAAUACGCCACGUUGGAGAUGUCUGCAAAAUAAGAGAGGAAGACAUCAAAGAGUGGGGACCGUUUGAUUUAGUGAUUGGAGGAAGUCCUUGCAAUGACUUAUCUAUUGCUAAUCCUUUGAGGAAAGGCAUAUAUGAUGGUACUGGACGUUUAUUUUUUGAAUUUUAUCGCAUUCUGCAAUAUGCCAAACCACAUCCAAUAGAAUCCCGGCCGUUUUUUUGGUUGUUUGAGAACGUUGUUGGAAUGCAACACGUAGACAGAGAAGUAAUCAAUCGAUUUUUAAAAUGUCAUCCAGUCGUCGUGAGUGCUAAGGAUGUUUCCGCUCAACACAGAACACGAUUUUUCUGGGGAAAUCUCCCUGGGAUGAACCGUUCCUUACGGCCAAUACCCACCGAUAAGGUGUUGUUACAAGAUUGCUUGGAGCCUGGUUGUGGUAGAGUUGCAAAGGUUGAUAAAGUGCGAUGUAUAACUACUAUGAGACAUAGCCUGCGACAAACUAAAAAAUCAAUUUUACCAGUUAAACUGACAAGAUCUGUUAAUGAUGAAAUAGAAGAUGGUUUGUGGCUCACAGAAAUCGAGAGAAUUUUUGGGUUCCCGGACCAUUACACAGAUGUAUGUAAUAUGGGACAACGACAGCGACAAAAACUUCUUGGAAAGGCGUGGAGUGUUCCUGUCAUACGACAUCUUUUUACGCCCUUAAAAGAUUAUUUUAGAACAAACAGCUCUCCGGAAAAGACAGCUGACGUGUGAUUAAACAUCCAAUGUCUAUUAUUUACUUUCGUUGGUAUGUACUUCAGAAAUUUUGAUGUUUAUUUUUUUUUAAAAAAAAGAGAUGUGAUAUUUAUGUUUUAAUUUUUGUUUCCUAAUAUGGGAAUUGAUGUGUCAAGUUUUUAUGGUUAUAUUGCUUUAUUUCUAUCAUUUUUAUGGUUGUUUUUCAUAGCACUUCUAAGAUUUUUAUUUUUAUUUUACUAGUUUUAAAAUUAUUUUUGCAGUGUCAUAGAUUUUUCUAUCAUUCUUGAAGAGUAAGUCCCAGUUUUUGUUGAUUGUUAUUUUGUUGGCAUCUGUGUGCAAUGGGAAUAGAGAAAAAAAACAGAAAAGUGAGUUUUGUUGUACAUUGAGUUUGUUCUUUGAUCCAGAUCAUUUGUUACAAUUUAAGGAGAACUAUACCAAACCAUAGUACUAGUUCGUAAAAGUUAUUGGUAAACUUUUUACCAGUAAAAUUAUCAGUAUAUUGAAAGUUCAUGUUUAUUUUAUCAAUAAUAUUGGUAGAUCGAAUUAUCACCAUAAUUUGUUUUUGAUUUUUAGGUAGUUUUAAAUAUUACUAAGAUGAGGAUUUUAAAAGCAAAAAUGAAAAUUUUAUUUUAACGAAAGUUAGUUCAGAUGUAAUGUUAUUUCCCUCUGGAAAAGAUAUUUCAAUUUGUUGUGUUUUCUCUUUACCACCUUUAGACAACUGAAUGUAAAUUAUUUUGUAUGUAACACACUUGGAUAUAAAC